AUGGAUGAAGAUUAUGAAAAAAGAUUAGCUGAAGAAGUUGGUAAUCUAUCUAUUAGAUUAGUUACUGCUGUUAAUAAACAAGUUGAACUAGAAGAAAUUAUAUUACAAUUAAGAAAACAAAAUUCACAAUUAAAAGAAUUAAAUUCCAACUAUAUUGAAAAUGAUAAAAAUUAUAAAAGUCUAUUACCUGAGUAUAAUCAAUUAAAAACUGAUUAUAAUAUAAGUAAAGAAUUAAAAAUUAAAGCUGAAGCAGAAAAUACAAAAUUAAAAGGUGAAGUUGAAGACUUGACUGCUUCAUUAUUUGAUGAAGCGAAUACUAUGGUUUCAAAUGCAUCAAGAGAAACUCAUAAUUUUAAAAUAAAGAACCGAAAAUUAUAUGAAGAGAUUGAAGAAAAGAAUAUAAUUAUUAAUAAUUUACAAGAUCAAUUGGUUGAUUUGAAAAAGAUAUUAAUGACUUUGGAAGAUCAGCAAAAAUUACUAUCUACUCCAAAAUUUGAGUCUAGAAAUCAUUUUGAAUUUGAAACUCCAAAAGAUACAAGUACUACUGAAGAAUCAGCAACUGUUGUUGAACAAUAUGAUCCAUCAUACUACUUGCAAAACCUAGUUUAUUCCCCACAAUUGUCAAAUAUAAGAUUAGAUUUGAAUAAUUUCAAUAAAGACUUUAAAUCAUUCAUUUAUACAUUAAUUAAACCUGAUUUUGUUUUAGAUUUAAAUCAUUUAAAAAAUUUAACAUAUUUUAAGCACAUUUGGAAUUUUGAAAUUGAAAAUUCAAUACUUCAUAUACCUUCAUUAUCAUCAAAUAACACAAUUUUUAAUAAAUGGAAUAAAAACAAAUUAUUCUGGAAUUCUUUAGUUGAAGGUAGAGUGCAAAUUGAACCUAUAAAAGGUGUAAAUGAAAGUUUUAAAUUGAGUUAUAAAGGUUCUUCUAAUAAUACCAUCCCAGUUGCUAUAGAAGAAAAUUGUUCAUUUUGUGGUGAAUUUAGAAAUGAUAGUCUUGAACAUCAUAGAUUAUAUUAUUAUAAAAUUCAUGAUUUAGAUGAUAAAUUAUUAAGUUCUUAUCCAUUAUGUAACUAUUGUUUAAUUAAAUUAAGAAAUCUAUGUGAUUUCUUUGCAAAAAUUAGAUUAAUAAAAUCAAAUAUUUUUAAAUUGGAACAAAAUAAUAAAUUUGAUGAAUUAUCAUCAUUGAAUGUUUUAAAUGGUAAUUUUAGUCAAUUUAAAAGAUCAAGUUCUUAUAUAUCUGAUGAAUCACCACCUCAUACUUCAAGUUCUACUGAAUUAAUGAAUAGUUCAAUGCAUGAUAUAAAAUUAGAUGAUGAAGAAGAAUGUAAAUUAAUUAAAAUUUAUAUGAUUUUAAUACAAAUUAGAGUUAAAAUAUUUUGGAGUAAAGUUGGUUAUUGGGAUAAUGAAAAAUUAGUAGAAGCUAAUCUUGAUGAAAUUAAUUCACAAACUUUUAUUAAUUUGAUACCAAGAAAAUUUAAUAGAGAAGUAAAAGAUGAUCUAGAUAAAAAAGAAGCAUUGAAAUUGAAUAAAGAUCAAAUGAAAAGAAGAAGUCAACAAGUAUCAGUGAAUACUAAAGAUGAUGAGCCAAUUGCUCAAGAAGCUCCAGAUGUUCACACUAAAGUAGAUAGUGAACCAAUUAACCAGAAUCAACCGGAACCGACUACAGAAGUAGGCAAUGCACCAGUUACACGAGAACCUGAAUCACCUGAAAAAGUAGACAUUCCACAGGGUAAAUUGUCAUCACCAGACGUUGAAGAAUCUGAUAAUCAAGCAUUUGAAGAUUCUUCUGAACAUUUUGAUAUAAUAGAGGACCAUACAAAAAAACAAGAAACAGAAAUCAACAAAGAUAUUAAAUCAAAAGACGAAAAAGAAAAUAUUGAUACCAAUACAGAAGAAGGAACAAACACAGGUUUAAAACGAUCAAAUUCCAAAUCAAAAGCAUUUACCAAAAAAAUGAAUAAACAUUUAGAACAAACGUUAGAUAUGUUAGCUGAAAAUAUGGAAAAUGAUAAAUAG